AUGUCUGAUCCUAUCUCUGUAGCUGGUACCGCUGUCGGUAUUAUCUCACUCGGUCUGCAGGUCUGCGGCGAGAUUGUUUCGUUCUGCCAGGCAUGGCAGGGGUUCAACGAGGAUAUCGAAACCAUCAGUCAAAAGGCCAAUAGUCUUCGUAUGCCACUGAGAGCUUUGAGGGAACUGAUUGAAGACUUCCGUACUACUGAUCCCUCGAUCGCGACCGACCUCGAAGAGAAGGCGAAGAGCAUCGAACAAGCAGUAAAACGGCUCAAGACAGCGACAGACCGAUAUUCAUCUACCACAUCCGACAAAGACUCUUUCCGGUUCCAGGUCAAAAAGGCGGCAUAUCCCUUUCGAAAGGAAGGGUUGCGUGACAUAGCAAGUGACCUCGACAGCGUUCAGGGAGUGCUUGAUACGGCAUUACUGAUGUGA